GAUAAAAAUGCCGCCGGUAAUUUUGUCCGGAAUGGAUUUCAGCAAAACUCACCCAUCAUGCAUGACAGUUAGGUACCUAAACAUUAUUAAAAGAAAAAAAAAACAAAAAAUAUCAUAGUCUUUACCUAACUCUACAAAAAUACAAGUCAACAAUUACAAAAUUAAUGCAAGUGCCCAAAAUUUCUUAAACCCCGUCAACCCCAACAAAGCCAGUCGGAAUCGGGAAACCUCCUCCACCACCUUUCCUCUUUUCCUCCUCGAUUGUCCCAAUUGAAAAAUGCCAACUUGGAAAGUUGACUGAAUUUGUAUCCCUCUAGGUUUUCCCCAACAUCCUUUUUUUCACAUAGAUUUUGCCCAGCACGGAGUUGAUUCUUUUCACUUAGAUGCUACGGAAAGUAUUUCUAGAUACGUGUUAGCCGGCGCCAUUUCCGAGUUUCAUUCAUUCAUUCUUCUUCUCUUGGAAAUGGCCCUUCGCAAAGAUAAACACAAUCAAUCGGUCCGUGGAUCCAGAAUCGCUAUAGCUAUUGUUAUUGGGGUUUUUCUGGGUUGCGUCUUCGCUUUCUUGUAUCCCAAUGGAUUGUUCUCCUCCGCCACCUCCGAUCUGCCUCCCCGGAACCGCAAGGUUUCUAAAAUAACUUCUCAGGUUGAUUCAUCUUGUGACUCCUCAGAGAAAAUAAACAUGUUAAAGUCUGACAUCAUGCAAUUAUCAGAGAAGAACGAUGAGUUGAAGAAGCAGGUGAGGGAGCUGAAUGAGAAGUUGCGGUUGGCCGCAGUGGGAAAAGGUCAUGCCGAGGAGCAGGUUGUAGCAUUGAGCGAGCCACAUAAAGCUGGACCUUUUGGUACUGUCAAGGCGUUGAGAACUAGUCCCACCGUCCUUCCUGAUGAAUCAGUCAAUCCAAGACUGGCUAAGAUCUUGGAGAAGGUUGCUGUUAGGAAGGAGGUUAUAGUUGCUCUUGCCAAUUCGAAUGUCAAAGAUAUGCUUGAAGUUUGGUUUACUAGCAUAAAAAAAGUAGGCAUUCCAAAUUUUCUGGUUGUCGCACUUGACGAUGCAAUUGUGGAGUUUUGCGAGUCAAAUGACAUCCCAGUUUAUAAGAGGGAUCCAGAUAAGUAUGUUGAUUCGAUUGGUAAGUCGGGAGGUAAUCAUGCAGUGUCAGGACUGAAGUUUAGGAUUUUGAGAGAGUUUCUGCAGCUUGGUUACAGUGUUCUCCUUUCUGAUGUUGACAUAGUGUACCUCCAGAAUCCUUUUGAUCAUUUUCAUAAAGACUCAGAUGUGGAGUCCAUGAGCGAUGGUCAUGAUAAUGCUACGGCUUAUGGUUACAAUGAUGUUUUCGAUGAACCUGCCAUGGGUUGGGCUCGUUAUGCCCACACGAUGAGAAUUUGGGUGUACAAUUCUGGUUUUUUCUUCAUUCGACCCACCAUUCCCGCAAUUGAGCUCUUGGAUCGAGUUGCUGAUAGGCUUUCUAAGCAGCCAAAAUCUUGGGACCAGGCAGUUUUCAAUGAAGAACUCUUCUUUCCUUCCCACCCAGGGUAUGUUGGUCUUCAUGCUGCUAAAAGAACAUUGGACAUUUAUCUCUUCAUGAACAGCAAGGUCCUUUUCAAGACCGUUAGGCAGGAUGCUGCUCUAAAGAAACUGAAACCAGUGAUUGUCCAUGUGAAUUAUCACCCUGAUAAACUAUCAAGAAUGAGGGCAGUGGUUGAUUUUUAUGUCAAUGGCAAGCAAGACGCUCUAGAACCAUUCCCUGUAGGUUCUGACUGGUAGUACAUGCAAAGUUGGAAGUUAUGCUAUGGUAAAGAUCCACAUUGCAGUUUUCUUUUUGCUUUCUGCUGGCUGCUGAUUUUUUGGGUGGAAUUUGUAUAAUCUAUCUUCAUUCUAGAUAUUCCAUCCACUUAUAUGCUUUAAGGUCCUUUUGUUUAGUGUAUGAGGUCUGAUUGUGGUGAAAGUAUGAUACUUGCUUGGAGGUUCAAGUUGUAGCCUGUUUAUGUCAAGGAAUACUAUAUAUGUUCUGAUCCCUGAAAAUAGUCAAAAUUCACUUUCAUCCUUGCAUUGCAACUUUACCAUGUUUCUCAGUCCUUUUACUUUUAAGGUUGGAUCCCUGAAUCAGAUUUGAUUGUGAUGCUGACUUGAGAUUAUCACUGACAAUUGACACACGGCGGAAACAUAUUUAUCAGAGAUACUUUGAGUUGCGGCAUGAAGUAUAGUUCAUUAGUUACUCUUAGAAUUACAGUUUGAAACAUAAAUGUUUAUUGCUGGCAAUGGGUUUUAGACCUAAAGUAAGGAUGUAUGUCGAAAUCAUUCCUGAAAAAGUUUUCACAUACCACCCAGCUUUCCCUCCUUUCAGGUAAUCAGGCCUCUCUUUGUGAUGACAAACCAAUUCCCCCUCCCUUCUGUUAAGUAGCCAGUUUUCUGUUUUUAUGGGUUAGAGUUAAGUAGGCAUUUUCAGGAUCAUGGAAAGUGUUAGAAGCUUUAACAAGCACGAAUCUUUCUGUAUUCAAAACAGUUCAGAAGCCUGUAACAAUAUGCUUGAAAGUUACAUAAAUACCCUGAAAUCGACGAGAUAAGCCUAUUAAUCUACAAUUCUACAUUCAUGUGAUCAUGUCAAAACAGAAGCAUUAGCUAGCAGUGGUGGAACUCUAUUGAACUGAAGAAACCCCCUGAUGUCAGAAAAAAUGGGGAUGGUUCAGCCAGUAUCCAUGAACCUAUUACAAUUAGGACUUCCUAAACAUCAUUCAUUCACUUUUGUUGCUGGCUGCAAAAACAAGUCGUUUAGGUAACUAUAGGAGGAAGGUUGAUGAUACAUCAUGAAGUCUUGACCAGAAGAAGGCAAUAGAAAAUGGCAGCCAUCUUCAUCAACAGUUUCAAAGAAGAGAUAGACGUGGGAGCCAUCUUUGACACCGUAAUCUUGAAGAGCAAUUUCAUCUUCAGUCAUCAAAUUAGAACACCCAUUAACGCGAUCAUGAUCAACCAGCAAAAUGAGUCGAUCCAGAGGUAAAUGUUCUUGAAAUCCGAUCUCCCUUUUCAAAUCUUCAACUGUAGCAUCUUCUUUAAUCUCUACGUAAAAAAGUCUCCCAGUGAGUAUCUCUAUUAUCACUCUCAUUUUUCUUUUUCCGGAUCUAGGAAAUAAAAAAAUAAAAUUUUCUUCUUCUUUUUUUUUAAUAUAUUAGUUUUGGGUUUGGCAAAACAUAUGUAUAGGUUGGAGGAAGAAGAAGGCAUGCAGGACACGAAAGGUGUUCAUAAGGACUGCAUUCUCGAUCAGUUUGUUUGGGAAGCAUUUGCCCUAUUAAAUGGGAUGGUUUACCCAAAACUUUAAAAGAGAAUUCUAUUCUAUAGCUUUCAUAAUUAUCAGUUUUAAGUGCUUGAAUUAGUCAAUUCAAUUCACUAAAUGUGGGUUCUCGAUCCGCGUUUAACAAAAUUGUAGUAGUAGUAACAUCUAAAGGUUUGAAUGAAAUGAAUGAAUGUUGG